AUGAUAGCACACUCUCAGCUUGCACCACUCCCAAAUGAAUUGCCCUUCCGAAUAGUUUCGAAAACCAUCGGGCAAGGAGCAUACGCAUGCGUCAAGAAAGCCGCACCGCUUGACUCCCCUGGACCUGUCUUUGCUGUCAAAUUCAUCCACAAAGACUAUGCCACUCGUCAUGGUCGUCUCAAUAAGAAGCAGCUGGACCUUGAGACCAGCCUGCACGAGUAUCUUGGUGCACAUGCAAACCUCGUACAAUUCUUCAGUAGCGGGGAGGAUUACACCUGGCGAUGGAUAGCGAUGGAGCUUGCGGAAGGCGGCGAUCUCUUCGACAAAAUCGAGUCAGACGUUGGUGUGGGUGAAGACAUUGCACAUCUCUACUUCACGCAAUUAAUCAGUGCUGUGGCAUACAUGCACUCGAAAGGCGUUGGUCAUAGAGACAUAAAGCCGGAAAACAUCCUAUUGUCCACCGGAGGCAGCCUCAAAAUUGCCGACUUUGGAUUGGCGGUGCUUUUUGAGUAUAAGGGCCAGAAAAAGCUAUGUUCCUCAAGUUGCGGAAGUCCUCCGUAUACAGCCCCAGAAGUGGUCACUUGUGAUCAUAGGGUCAAAAAACGAUUGGACCAAGGUUAUUUUGGACCUCUUGUCGAUAUCUGGUCUUGCGCUGUUGUGCUCUUCGUGCUGCUUGUUGGAAACACUCCAUGGGAUGAACCGCUGGAGCGAAGCUAUGAAUUUAGCGAGUACCUCAAGGCAAGUGGGCGACCGGAUGACGAGCUUUGGGAUAAGUUGUCAGACGAGAUUGUGCAACUGUUGAGAGCUAUGAUGCGGAUCGAACCGACCGAAAGAAUGACAUUGGAGGAUAUACAAAGGCACCCUUGGUUUCGAAGACAGAACCCGUACCUUGACAGCAACGGAAGACUUGAACAUCCGGUGCAACUUGCCACGCAGAUGUUUGAGAGUAUGAGGAUUGACUUCUCCAAAGAUCCUGUCCUUUCUCAAAGAAGCCAGCGAUCCGGGGAUGCAAUGGACAUCGAUGAAAUACAGAGCAGCCGCCAAAAUGACUCUACUGACUCACGCACACCUAAUAACGAGAUUAUGUUUGACUGGGAGACCCGAGGACACUUAAGCAAUGGUGACUUACCUGCGGCCGCCAAUAGUGCUGCAAUUAGUCAACUCAGCUGGGAUGAGCAGCUGGCAGAGGAGCCGCUUUGCUCUCAAUUUUCGAGUACUCCGCGCGUCCCUCUCACCAGGACACAAUUCGCAAGGCAAUUUCAUGAUAUAAUUCCCUCACAAUCUCUCACUCGCUUCUUUUCCUUUUGGUCCACAGAGCAGCUUCGUAACGCUCUUCAGGAUGCCCUGCAAAAAAUCUUCCUUCUCAAGUCGGAUGGCUCGUCUCAGGUCGGCAGUGAUGAAGUGGCUUCAAUUAGGAUUAGAGCGAUGGAUGGUAGAAACUGUCCGAUUAGUGGAGAUAUUUUCAUCGAAAGACUGUUUGGUGUAGAGGGCCAGGCGCAUGAGGUCAACUUCGUCAAAAUUAAGGGCGAUCCGGUGGAAUGGAGAAGACUGUUCAAGAAAGUCGUUGUGCUUUGCAAAGAUGCUGUCUUUAAACCUGACCAGAGCAUUGCAUUGCUAUCCCAAAGUAGUGUGCUGUGA